GGCGAAACCAUGUUUUUACCAAACCCCAUCGGCCUUUGCAAUUUUGCUCGUCAUGGCGUCGCCUUCGCCUGAGCAGUGGCUGAGCGAUGAGGCGUUCAGCCCUCUCAGCCUGCCGACGCCUGAGCUGAAGACGGCGCCGCCCGCGCGGGCGGGCGAGGACAGCUGCAGCCAGGAGGACCGGCAAGAGGCGCCUGACGGGCCCCUUGGGCUCGCGGAGGGCGGAGGCCAGCUCGUGGCAGUGGGGCCGCAGGCCAUUGUGCAGCCGUCGGGGCCAGAGUCCGCCCUCGCGCCCCUCUCGAGGACCGCGUCGCGGAUGAUCCACGCGGCCCCCCAUUGCCAAGCUGGCCAGUGUGAUGGUACGGCGCGUGUACCCCGACACCAUGCAGCCUGUUGGCCUGGAGAGCGCCACGCGCUUGGCUGCUCGUCUCGGCGUCCUGGCGAACCGCUUUCGUGAGACGGUGUACGCCGUCGGGUACGCCGCCUGGGCGACUGGCCAGAGGCAGGCCGCUGCCAUCGUGCCGAGGCUUCUGGCCGUCUGCAGUGCAUCGCACUGUCCACGGGAUGCGUGCGGCCCUCGGAUGGAUGCUGUCAUGUUUUCCCGCAAGAGGAAAUAUGAUGGCACGCGCAUGCGAGUGACUACCCAGGUCGCCCAGCACUACGACACCGACACGAUCGUAGAGAGAUGCGCUGGCACACGGGAGUUGUGUGUUAUCAAAGUUGGUUUCAGCAGUGUGUUUCGCAAGCGCUUUGAUGACAGAGACGAUUUUCUUCAUGCCAUUGGAAGCGCACUCACCCACACCAGUGUGCUAGAGACGCCGAGUGCUGACAUCAUCAACGCCUGCUUGCAUCAGCAAGUUGACCAGGUGUAUGGCAAAUUUGUUGAUGAGCGAAUUCCUCGGCACACUGAUGUCAUAGGGUGCGACGCUGCAGGCAGCAACCUGAAACAUGAACGGCUCAUGUCUGCACAGCACCCUCGUCGUGCACAUAUUGUGUUUUUGUGUCGUACCCACGGCAAAAAGAAGGUUGCAGAGCAUGGCUAUUCAGUCAUCCGCCCGACGGACACCAACAUGAUACGGUGUCAGUUGAGCUUGUCCGCUGAACAACUCAUCGCAGUGCGGCACAACGCCAGGCUCAUCCACGAUGAGCAGGUUGUGGUCCACGUGGGGUGUUUCCAUGUGUUGCCGUGCUGAGGCGACGGCUCACAGAGAGAGGGUGUUCGAUUUGUACUUCAGCGACACCGCUGACGCGAGCCUCCAGCUCAGGGCAAUUGUAUGCAGGAGGCUCUACAACGGCGACAUCAGGAAGACUGGAGGUCCCAGCGGGCCUCUGGAAGAAGGUCCAGCAGAAGCUGGCCGCGUGAAUGGCGCCAAGCAGCAGGCUGCGCCGCCAUCACCCAGAGGAGGAAGGAGGA